AUGUUUGCGAGAGUAUUGCUGCUAUUUACCUUAGCGGUUGCUCAACUGGUUGGGCUCUUGCUCUUUGCCAAGGGUUUUUUUCCGGGCAAAGUUGUGCUCAAGGGCAACGGAGAGUUCUACCAUGACAGUGCUCCGUUUGAACAACAGUACGACAGACUUGUUUUGAUGGUGGUUGAUGCCAUGCGGAGCGACUUUAUGUUUUCGACUGAAUCGAGGAUGAGCUUUGUUCACGAGCUGAUCAACAAGGGCGAAGCUCUGGGUUUUACGGCGUAUUCUAAUCCGCCGACGGUUACUCUCCCCAGGCUGAAAGGUAUCACCACUGGGGCCACGCCUAACUUCCUAGACGCAAUCCUAAAUAUAGCUGAAGAAGACACUUCAUCGACUUUGGGGGAUCAGGAUAGUUGGGUCAAGGAAUUGUUCAUGAAGGGGUUCAAGAUAAACAUGUUUGGAGACGAUACAUGGCUGAAGCUGUUUCCUUCGUACUUCUCCAAGACGGAUGGUACGAGCAGUUUUUACGUGGCUGAUUUUACCGAAGUUGAUCUCAACGUCACCAGGAAUUUACAAUACGAGAUUGACCACAAGAAUGAGUGGGACGCGAUGAUUUUGCAUUACUUGGGUCUCGACCACAUAGGCCACAAAGGUGGACCUACUUCACCACACAUGGCCAAGAAGCAAGGCGAGAUGGACGAUAUAGUGAAGAAGCUUUACAAUGAGAUUGUUAAGAAAGAUCCCAGGACCCUUCUGAUUGUUAUGGGUGACCACGGAAUGAACGAUAUUGGAAACCACGGUGGUUCUUCCGCUGGAGAGACUUCUGCUGCUAUGCUGUUUGUGUCUCAAAAGCUUGGAAAAGUGAGACAAAUCCAGGAUCUUGCUCCUCUUUCGGUUGAUGAAGACUUCAGCUACUUCAAGAGAAUUCAGCAGAUUGAUCUUGUGCCCACCUUGGCUGCGCUGUUUGACUUCCCAAUACCGAAGAACAAUCUGGGUGUGUUCAUCGAAGACUUCCUUCCUCUCUUCAAGAAGGAUCGCUCUCUGAAUGUGCUGUUGCAAAACGCGUACCAAAUGCGUGUUUUAUUGGAGAGAGGCGGUAUUGACCUUGAAAAGGGGGAUUCUGCCCUGUCCAAGGCAUGGCUAGAAGCGUCUACUACGAAGACUUCCAGCUCAAUCUAUGAAUUCUUGAAGGAAGCCCAAGAUGAACUGGCAGGGGCCUCUUCAAACUACAACUAUAACGAUAUAUACCUGGGUCUGGCGCUGUUUGCGAUGGCAGCUGUUGUUCAUCUCGUUCAAUAUGUGGUGCUGUUCUCGGCUAAUAAGAUCACAGGGUUCGUGUAUCUGAUCGGGUUCGUGCUUUACGCAGCCAGUUUCUUUGGUUCUUCUCUUAUUGAAGAGGAGCACCAAGUGUGGUGGUGGCUGGCCAUUUCAUCCUGUGCCAUUCUGUUCGGAUUGCAGAUCCGCUCAGGGACUAAAGGUUCAGUUUUCACCUCUCUAUUAGUCUUGUUUCUUGCUCGUUUACUAAGAGGCUGGAACAAUAGUGGGCAAAAGUUCAAUCUCACCACCAACGUGAAGAUCGGCUCUAUUAUUGAUGGUGAAAAGUCUCUUGGAUUGGGAAUGACUCUCUUUACAUGUUAUCUCUUUUCUUCUGCUGUCACUAAAAUGUCAAGAGCACAAGAAGUAGUGGAGUUGGUUUCGUUUCUGAGUUCGUUUCUGCUUGGUUCAAUUGCUGCUUCUAUCAAAAUUCUGACCAACUACGAAGAUCUCGAAGAAACUCCAAAGUUCUUGAGACCACUCGUGAUUUGGAUAAUGGACAAUCUUGAUACAGUCAGCCCUCGUGCUUGUCUGGUUCCAAUGUUUCAGCUAUUUUACAUGACUUUGGGAUGCGUUCUGGCAGCCAGACUGAUGAUCCACCGGGUCUGGCCAGAACGGUUUGCAGGCUCUUUCUUUAGCGACCUGUUGCACACCGUGACCAUCUUGUUAAUAGUACAAGCAUCUCAGAGGAAUGUGCCUCUGUUUGUCAUUUUGCUCCUUCUGAGAUGGGCCGUCGGAACUAGUAUCUCUCGGGCUACAUCCGGUCUCAGUGCAAUCUCCAACAUCACCGUCUUCAGCAUCAUCUUGCAGCAUCUUUCGUUUUUCUCAUCCGGAAGCACAAACUCGUUGUCAACAGUUGACUUGACUAACUCAUUCAAUGGCGUGUCGGACUAUGGGCUGAUUUCCGUGGGAGUCCUCACAUACAUCUCCAACUUUGGAGGGCCUCUUUUCGUCAUACUCAGCUCUCUGGUCCUGCUGUACGAAUACCGCCACAAAGACGUUUCCGACAAGUUUGACGUUUUCUACCGCAAAUCUGUGAUCCAGUUUACAUUCUACUCCAUCGCAGGUAUUUUCCUUAUGGUUGCCUGCUACUCGCUUAGAUUCCACCUUUUCAUCUGGACAGUCUUCAGCCCCAAGGUGUUGUACUUCUUGAGCUGGUUCGCCACGAACGUGGUGGUGGACUUUGUGCUGGGGCUUGUUCUUGUGGCUCUGUGGUGA